AUGAACCAUCCGUCAUUCAACCCUAUCACGUUGGAAUAUGACACGGGUUUGAUGGAACUUGCAGUUCCUCCACAAAUACAACGGCCAGAAAUCAACUUCGGCUGUGUUGCCGCCAGCAGCCCGUCAUCAGGAACCAUAUGCUAUGUUAUUGGAUGGGGUACCACAUCCGUAGAAAGUGCCCCAUCAGACAUGCUACAAGUAGUGGACAAGCCAAUCAUGUCCCAGCAAACGUGUGAAGGUAUCUAUGGUACUGAUUUUCACAACUUUUCAAUGCUGUGUGCAGGCUAUCCACAAGGAGGGAAGGAUUCUUGCAAGUUAGAUAGCGGAGGGCCAUUAAUGUGCUAUUACAACAGCCGUAUGGAUAUUAUCUGUAUGUUUAUUGAAAUUCCUAUUUGA